AUGGCUAAGGGUAAGGGCAAAGGGCUCAAGGGAGCGUUGGCCCGCCACGUGGCCCAGGAGCGGAUGAUGAAGAAGCAGGCGGCGAAAGUGGUGCCGGAGAAAGGGAAAAAGACCAAACCGCAGCGUGUCCAGGCGUCCCAGGCCCCCACUUGCCCUUGGCACCAAGACGACCAAGUUUUAUUAGUGGGCGAGGGGGACUUCUCCUUUGCUCUCAGCGUGGUCAAACAAGGGUUUGUCGUGCCCACCAAUCUUGUGGCAACCUCGUACGACUCUUACGAGGACGUGGUGGCGAAAUACGCCGGGGCUGAGGCCACGGUGGCCGAACUUAUUCUGCUGGGGGUGAAGGUAUUGCACAAUAUCGAUGCCACCAAGCUUAGCCAGCUGUUGCAGAUUAAGAAGAAACCCUUAGACGUUAAUGUCGUGGUGUUCAACUUCCCUCAUACCGGUAAAGGGAUUAAGGACCAAGCGCGUAAUAUCCGCGACCAUCAGAUCCUCGUGCUGGAAUACUUCAAAAGCGCUCGGGAAUUGCUCACUGCUGCUCCUGAGUCGAGUGGUUAUUUCGUUAAGAACUGGCGGAUCAUGCUUUCGUUGUUUGACGGAGAACCGUAUGACUCCUGGCAACUGAAACGGCUUGCCCGCGAUUUGGGGCUCCAAGUGGACCGUCUGGUUAAAUUUGGCUGGUCAUUAUACCCUGGCUAUCACCACCGUCGUACUAAUUCAAUGAGGGAUACCACUAAACCAGCAGAAGAGCGCCUGGCCCGCACCUAUGUGUUUGUCCCUAGAGAACCAAAAGACGAUAAAAACGACCAAAAGGACUAA